UUGACCGGUGGUGGGGCACUGUCGUGUUGCUCGAAAUCCGCGGUUUAUAGACUGUGUGUACCUCACGCAUGUCUUUUGGUGCAUGAUAAGUGAAUAAGACCUCUAAGAGAAGCAUCCAUCCGCUGAGGGGAGAAAUCAAGCCAAGAACAAGACCAAAAAGGAGCAAGAACAAGUUAACGUCUCACAAUGAACUUGGAAUUCAACGCGCCUAUGUUUUGUGAUUUCACCAAUUUCAAUGAAGAAGAAUUCGAGAACGCUGAUGUGGAUUCAUACUUUGAGGUGGACCAUGAGGCUGAAGUCCACACCAAUGCCGACAAUGUAUGGAACAAUGAACAUCUCGCAAAAGAAAAGCCCAUUCAACCAAUUAUGCAGGGAAAGAGCCAGGCAGCGCCGAAGAACCUGAUGAGCACGCAGUCGCCGAUGCGGCCGGCCGGACUGCGUGACGUCACCAACUCGCCGCGAGAUGGCGUCCCGCGCUCCCGGCCGCCACUGAAGCGCGCCAACGCCCUCGGUUCGCAGGGAGAGCCGUGCGCUAAGCAGUCACGCUCGGAGUCUGUGCCGGCCACGCCGCCGAGCGGCGCCGCCCGUGGCCGGCCGGACACCAGAGACGCGUCGGUGCCCUCGGCCGUUGGCCGCUCGGGCAUCCCGACGCCCGGCGGCCGCCGUCGGAGCAUGAGUCAGAACGAUGCGGCCCGGGCCGCCACAGGCCUGUCCAAGCUGGUCGUGGCCGAGACGCCGAACGUGCUGCGGCGCGGGCUCCAGCUGCGCGCGGCCGCACGGGCCGCCGCCGAGCAGGCCGUUGAGCAGCAGCAGCAGGCGCGGCUCGACACACUACGCAAACAGAUGGCUGACUACAAGAAGAAGGCCGCGGAGGCCAAGAGACAGCCGGUGCGCGCGCGACAGGCGCUGCUGCGUCCCGUCACCGAGCCACAGCCCUUCCACCUGCAUGACGAGCGGCAGACUGGUGGCCCCGCCACGCGGUCCACCACCGAGUUCAAGUCCAUGGCCCAGAUGGUGGAGGGCUUCUACAGGAAGACGCCGCCGCGGUUCCACACGCGUCCUGCUGGUGAGCGGCCGGCUGGCACCGCCAGCACCGCCGAGGCCGGCUCGCGGCACGUGACCGUCGGCCACACGCCGGCGCUGAUGACUCGCUCCCGCACGCGCUCCCUGAACGUGCCCAGCCGGGAGCAGCUGGAGGAGGCCGAGCUGGAGCUGUGCCGACAGCAGCAGGUGCGCGCGCGCCCGGUGAACCGGCGCGUGCUGGAGCAGCCGGUGGGCGUGCCGGCCAAGCUGGUGCGACCGGCCACCACUGUCGAGCCGUUCCAGCUGACCCAGGUGGCGGUGAAGCCGACGGAGGCGAAGCAGUCCGAUGGUGUGAUCCGCGCCAACCCCAUCCUGGCCUCGGGCGUGCCGUUCAUCCCGAAAGUGGAGCACAAGUCCACGCAGCCGACGCCCUUCAGCUUCGAGGCUCGCGACAAACAGCGACAGCAGGAGAAGGAGCGCAAAAUACAGCAGGUGCUGGAGGAGGAGCGCCGCCAGCGCGAGUUCCGCGCCCAGCUGCUGCCGCCGCCGUCGCCGCAUGGCGUGCCCGAGCGGCGCGCGGCGGCCGCCACCCUGCCGCAGCCGUUCCAGCUGCCCGGCGAGCAACUGACGGCCGCCGCCGCCGCCCGUCGCCAGAAGAAGCUGGAGGAGGAGGCGGCGCAGCUGCGCACGGCGCACGAGUUCCGCGCCCAACCGUGUACGGUCACCAGCCGCGAGCCGUUCCGGCCGCGGUCGGCGGCGCGCGGUCCGACGGCGCCACGCCCGCCGCAGCUGCACACCGAGCGCCGCUCGACGCGCCGACAAAGCUUCGAGGAGCGCCAGAAGCAGCGUGAGGCCGAGCUGCAGGCCGCCCUGGAGGAGAGGCAGCGGCAGCAGCAGCUAGCCGAGGAGGAGGAGGUGGCGCGCGCCCGGCGCGAAGCCGUCCACCACGCGCAGCCGGUGCGCCGCUUCCGUCCGGUGCACGUGCAGCCGUCGGACGUGCCGCUCACGGAUCCGCGCAGCCCCAAAUGGCACGCCGACAGCUCGCGCAUCAGCCACCGCAGCGACUGAGGCGGCCGGGACCGGCAGGACCGGGCCACUGCAGACGGACGACGGGGUCCGCAGCUGUGGAGAGGCGUGACCCAGCCAACUGUGGAGAGGCGUGACCCAGCCAAAUGUGGAGAGGCGUGAGCCGGCCUGCUCUGGGCGGGCGUGACUCACUGGGCUGUGGAGGCGUGACCCGACCGGCUGUGGAGAGGCGUGACCCGGCCGGCUGUGGGCAAGCGUGACCCGGCCGGCUAUGGGCAGACGUGACUCACCGGUUGUGCGGAGGCGUGACCCGGCCGGCCGUGGGCAGACGUGACACUCGGCAGUGUAGAGGCGUGACCCGGCCGGCUCUGUGGAGGCGUGACCCGGCCGGCUCUGUGGAGGCGUGACCCGGUCGGCUGUGGAGAGGCGUGACCCGGUCGGCUGUGGAGAGGCGUGACCCGGUCGGCUGUGGAGAGGCGUGACCCGGCCGGCUGUGUGGAGGCGUGACCCAGCCGGCUGUGUGGGUAAGCGUGACUCUACUCCGCCCGGCCGGACGGCCCGAGUCCGCGCCACGUGCAAACGGACGGAGCCGAUUGGGUGAGGCAGCGAGGAGGACGGUGCUCGCUGGAACUGCGAAGACUCAUCAAGGGCCUGCGCCGUAUCUAUGUAACCGCUGUGGUGUGGGCGUGUCAAUAUGGCCGAGGUGUACAUACCGUAAUCUUAGCUUCCACGUGACAUUAUCAUGUUUGAGUCGAGUGCCGAGUCGGGACUCGACCCUGUAGUAGUUUUUAGAAAGUGUAGCUUUGGUUGAAGGUUCAAUAAACCACAUCGUUUCGCGA